GCAGUAUUUGUUACUACUAUAAAUUAAUUUCUGCUUGUAUUUAAUUUACGAAAAUUAUGCUAUGAUAGUGGAAUCCAUUUUCUCAUGCACGAAUCUGAUUUUGACAUGCGGAUCCUCCAUUUAUGUUCUGAUAAAACACUCUUACGCUCAAUAUUCGAAAUUGUUGACACAUCUAACGUGUGCCUGCGCCAGUAUCGCGAUGGUUGGCACUCGAUCCUUGAUCGUUCUUACGUAUAAACUUUUCGUUAAGGAGUACGCUUUCGAUCCAGUUGUGAUGCAGUUAGAGGAAGAGAGGUGCAAAGAACGAUUCAACAUUCUAGACGAGAUAUUCAGGACAUUAAGCAUGGCCGGGUUAAUUUAUUCCCUGUACUCUUGUCACGGAUAUUACGUGCUCGGCGUCUGCGUUGUAACUAGCUUAUCAAUUUUAGAUUUCUUCAAAUUGCAUAGAAUGACGAAGAAGCAGCCGGAGGAAAUGGAAACAUCGCGUUUCUACGAUAAUGUUAGUCAAACAAAAGCUACGUACGAAUCGAGGCUCAACAUUUUCAAUUGGGUGAUUCUUGGUGGAAGUUUCGCAUAUGCAGUAGGCAACAAUUACGCGGUAGUGGCAAAUUAUCCUUUACUUCUGGCAAAUUGGGCAUUGUCUCCAGAAGGAUUUUAUCAGAGAUGGACCAUGCGGCGUACCAUUAAUGAUUACUUGAUGGCAACUUAUGUCAUGUGCAUGACGGAAGCUCUACGACAAAAUGGCACGUCGUAA